AUGGAAACAAAGACGAAAGGCUUUGAGGAAUUUCCACGACCAUCCUCGAAGAAAGAGGUUUUUCGAAGAGGUGACGUACUUGGGACAUUACAUUGGACAUGGAAAGUUGACCCCAUGGAAACAAAGACGAAAGGCUUUGAGGAAUUUCCACGACCAUCCUCGAAGAAAGAGGCAGACUUCUUGAAGGGAUUGCCAGUCUAUAAUGAAAGCAACUUCAGUCGAUUUCAUGCAGAUUCAGUUUGUAAAGCUUCGAAUAGACGACCAUCUGUGUACCUCCCAACGCGCGAAUACCCAUCCGAACAGAUCAUUGUAACAGAAAAGACCAAUAUAUUGCUUCGAUACCUCCAUCAACAAUGGGACAAAAAGGUAAGCUGGCUGACAGUUGUUGGGUAAGAGGUUUGAAUUUUA